UAGGCCAUAAGCCAAAGCAACAACUUUGAAAUUUCAAGUUGAAAGAACGCGUUUCCAGUUGACUUUUCGUACAUAUAUUUUGAUGACAUAUUCACAAUAGUGCUUGACUAGCAUCGUUUACUGGACUCUCACGUGAAAAAUAAUCGAAAAUAAUCGUUUUCCUGACUUAAAGUGCAAUUGUUUUGUGUAUAUGUGUAUAGUUCUGGACAGUUUGGCGACAUUCAUUGAAUGCUUCAUGAUUUUUAACGUUUUAUGCUGAGGUGUACACUAGUCAAGUCAAAAGUUUUGGGAGACUUCAAAUUGCAUUGAUCUAUAGUGCCACUCACCUGAAGAGGAUCCCUCUUUACUGAAGAGGCAAUAUUGAAGCUGGCGAUUGUGGAUCCGGCAAUGACGGUACGCUAGCUGGGAGUAUGGGAUCGCCGGAAUGGGCAUGCGCACAGACCCACUGGGCAAGUCUCGUCCGCUAUCAUUGCUGAACAGCAGUCAUCUAUUUUACGUCCUCAUUCCCCUUGUAGUCCUCAUAGUUGUUGCAAAAGGUGCUGGUUUUCAAGAUGCCGUGCACAUUACCGCGAUUUUGGGUGAGUCGGUGGUCUUCAACUGUCACGUUGAAUUUCCCGAAGGCCACCCAGUGCCGUACGUGUUACAAUGGGAGAAGAAGGUAGGCGACACGGGACAGGACAUACCGAUCUACAUAUGGUACGAGAGCUACCCGACUCACAGCGGCGAAGGCUACGAAGGCAGGGUGUCCAGGGUGUCGCCGGAGUCGCCGUACGGAGCCGCCUCGCUCAAUUUGACGAACAUCAAGGAGUCGGACCAAGGAUGGUACGAAUGCAAGGUGGUGUUCCUCAAUCGCUCACCAAACCAGCACAAGAACGGCACCUGGUUCCAUUUGGACGUCCACGCGCCGCCCAGGUUUGUCGUGACGCCCGAAGAUAUUAUCUACGUAAACCUAGGCGACGCUAUUAUACUCAAUUGCCAGGCAGAGGGCACUCCUACACCUGAAAUUCUGUGGUACAAGGAUGCAAAUCCCGUGGAACCUUCUGCUACAAUUGGCAUCUUCAAUGACGGAACUGAGCUGCGCAUCAGCAAUAUCAGACAUGAAGAUAUCGGUGACUACACUUGUAUAGCUAGAAAUGGAGAGGGCCAAAUAUCACACACGGCCAGGGUGAUCAUAGCCGGUGGAGCUGUCAUAAUGGUUCCCCCGACCAAUCAGACGAAGCUUGAAGGAGAAAAGGUUCAAUUCAACUGCGAAGCUAAAGCUCAGCCAGGAAAUGUUACUGUGAAAUGGUUCCGGGAAGGAGCACCCGUUAAAGAACUGUCUUCUUUGGAGACCAGGGUUACUAUACGUAGGGACGGUUCUCUGGUUAUCAAUCCUGUCAGUUCUGAUGACACUGGUCAAUACCUUUGUGAAGUGAGCAAUGGAAUUGGCGAGCCACAGUCGGCGUCCGCAUAUCUGAAUGUAGAAUAUCCCGCGAAGGUGACCUUCACCCCAACCAUACAAUACCUCCCCUUCCGCCUAGCCGGCGUCGUUCAGUGCUACAUCAAGGCCAAUCCCCCUCUGCAGUACGUUACGUGGACCAAAGACAAACGUUUACUCGAACCCUAUCAGACUAAAGACAUUGUAAUAAUGAAUAAUGGUUCCUUGUUGUUUACGCGGGUGAACGAGAAUCACCAAGGUAGGUACACUUGCACGCCGUACAACGCGCAAGGUACGCAGGGCUCUUCCGGUCAAAUGGAGGUGUUGGUGAGGAAACCGCCAACCUUCACGGUCGAACCGGAGGCUAUGUAUCAGAGGAAGGUCGGGGAGACUGUGGAGAUGCAUUGCGAGGCUGUGGAAGCGGAGGGAACUCAGAAGCCGACGGUGCAGUGGCAGCGGAGGGAUGGCAACGUUCUGCCUAAGAAUCGGGUGAAGAUAGUUGGAGGUAAUAUAACCAUCGAAAGCCUACGGCGAUCCGAUUUCGGGUUCUACCAGUGCGUGGCGUCUAACGAGGUGGCAACUAUAGUAACGGCAACUCAGCUGGUUGUUGAAGGGACACAGCCACAUGCGCCCUAUAAUCUGACAGGCUCUUCAACAGAGUUUUCCGUAACUCUGAGCUGGCUGCCAGGAUAUAGCGGGGGUCCCGAUUACAAGCAAGAUUACACCAUAUGGUACAGAGAGUCUGGAGUCACGGAAUGGUCGACCAUUCCCGUGACACCUUCCGGUAGCACCCAAGUCACCAUAAAUCGUCUGGCGCCUGCGACAAACUAUGAAUUUCAAGUCAUCGGUAAGAAUGCACUAGGAGACGGGAUGAUGAGCAAGGUCAUAACUGUCCGAACUCUAGAUGUUGGUGUUCCACACAAAGUUUCUAUCACACCAACGCCUUUUCUCACUCCGGACGAAAAUGCGGAUAUAUUAGAUUAUAGUAAUAUUGUUUUGCCUACCGAUUCGACUGGAACAGCAUUUAUACCCCCUAUCUACAGGCCUAAAGGGCCCAAACCGGGUGUGCCAAGGAAUUUAACUGUCACCGAAAUCAGCAACGGUUUCCUGAUCACUUGGCAACCUCCUAUCGAGAGAGCAAACUUGAUCAGACAUUACGUUAUCAAGUACAAAACUGAUGGUCCUUGGAAAACGCUCAACAAGGCUUCCAUUCGACCGGAAGAUACGCACUAUCUUGUGAAAAACUUGGUGGGCGGUAGAACUUAUUACUUCAGGAUAUUCGCCUAUUCACUCAAAAGUUACGAGACUAGUGAAGAAGUGAAAUUUUCCGUACCUGCUAGAGUGAAACACAAGGCUAUCACAGCUGGCGUUGUGGGAGGGAUUUUAUUCUUUCUAGUAGCUAUUAUACUAUCGGUCUGUGCCGUUAAAAUUUGCAAUAAGAGGAAACGACGAAAACAGGAAAAAGCGUACAAUAUGGUCGCCUGUAGAAUAACUGACGCCAGAAACGGGGCUAAUGCUACAGAUAGUCAAGUGCCUUUGAAAAAACAUAGCAAAGGCGGAAUACCAGGUCUGAAGACACUUCACUUCAUCCUAAAUUGGAUUUGGCCCAGAGAUAGAUGCCGUUCUGGAAGUAGUCUAAGUUGGCAUCCCGAUUACUUUCAUCCUGGUUCACCUUCAAAGUCCCUAGCACGCAUAUCAAGGGCGGCCGAUGGCCGCUUCAUUCUAGUCGAUUCGCUGCUCAGCUUGAGGGCUGAAAGCCCUUCGAACGCAAGUAGCAGUGACGACGGGGGAUUCUUACCAUCCAAAAAGGGGAUUAGAAACCGGGCAUCAUGGCGAAGACCUCUAGUAGGUUAUCCAAGUCAGCUGAGUAUCAGAUCAGACGCUUCAGGACAGAGCUCCAAAGGUUUACAAGGAUUGCUGAGUAUUGCGAAUAGGACUCAAUAUCCACUGAAGCCAAUUCCAACCAUAUACAGUCCGUCGACACCUAAAUUCCAGUCUAGCUCGCCAGAUACAUCAAGUGCUCUUCUUCUUUCUCCAUGGACGCCUAUGUACUUCAGUGAUUUGAGCUCGGUCCGUUAUCCAAGUUCUGGCGAAAGGUCUUAUCCGACUCCUCCAGGUUUCAUCCAGCUCAGAUCGAUGCACGAGAGAUACUCCCAGGAACUACCGCCUCUACGCGCCAUACACGAAGAAUCCCAGGUGUUCAUACCAGUAAAUCCAAUCCGUGACAGUCCAGGUUCUAGGAUAAGGGUCCCUCCACCUUAUCCCGCCAUAACUGGAACAAGACCAAGAGCUAGAUUGCUACCGCGACACGCCAGAAUAGCAAGAAGCGCCCCGGAACUCGGAUCGCCAGACCAUCUGGACAGAUCUCCUGAGAGCCGAUCGAGUUCUAGUGGUUUUGGAAGCAAGAAUACGUCGGGGACGCAAAACCAGAGCAGUCAAAGUGGUAGUACGUUCACGGAAUGGCGUUUGCCACCUUACAGACCACCGCCGCCACCUCCUUCAGCUCUACCGCCGCCUCCACCACUAGUCGUCGGACGAUGGCUGGAGAUGGCAUCUUCCUCACCUUCAACUUCCGAACCUUUCCACAAGGCGGUGGACGUUGGCAGUGUCGAUGGACAUUACGAGUUCGAUCCUUCAACACCAACACCUACACCUUCCACACCUAUAGGUUCUCGGGACAUCGAUCUUGAACCUGUUUCUUCAAGAAGGAGUUUCGGUACUAUGCGAAGCAGGUAUGAUAAUAUAGACGCCAGAGUGCAGGCCAUGAAGGAGGAGUUCAACGAAUUCAGGAAGCGUCAAGCGAAGAGGCAACGCGUGGUUCACGAAUUGGAAAGUGCUUGUUGACUACGACUAUAAAAGUGCGCGUAAUAUCCGCCCCGAAAUAUUCUAAAAGACAGAAAGCUUUCAAACUAAACUGUUACAUAUGAUAUGUAUAAGGUUUAUCGUUGUCGCGACUUAUUAUUAUCACUUCGGAAAAUUAAGAAACGUUCUGCGUAAUAUAAGUGAAGGUGAAAGACAAUUCGAUCUCAUUAUGAAUUAGAAUGAUAUAUCUAAUAUAGAAUAAGGGCGAUUUGAUAAGUUCCACGUGGAUAAAGUCAAUAUAGUAAGUCACCGAUUCAUAAUGAAAAAAUUGAGUCUAGUACUGAUCUACUUUCGGAGUAGAAUCGGGGACUAGAGUUUUUGAAAGGGUGUUAAUUGAAAGUUAAAUUUAUGAUGCCAUCAUCCAGAAAAUAUUCAUCUUGUCGAACUGCUUCCAAAAUUGAAAUUUCAUGGUGUUCUCAAUUUUUCUCCAGAAUAAUUAACUAAUAUCCUAUUCCUAUUCGUAAGGGACCAAAAGUCAAUAAUUAUUUGAGUUAAUUAUUCACUCGAAAGAUAAUGAAGUAACAGUUUUUCAGCAAAAACAUAUUUUCCUUCCUCAAGUCGAAAGGAAUUCAUCAAUUGGUUAUUUGGAAGAUCUUUGUCAGUAUGGAACAAAACAGGUUUUUUU